AUGUCUUGGAAAUGGAUCUAAGUAUGGGAAUUAACAGCUCAUGUAGCACUUAAUUUUUGCUUGUGGCAGUAGCUGAAAUCUUACAAGCGUCUCUCUACUCAUGAUUCAUCACCCUCUGUGUAAAAACUAUUUGCAACAAUAUUACUUUUCCAAAGGAGGCUGAGAUGCUUUGUUGCAACCCUCCCAUCAAAUCAGCACCCAGGGGUUGACUGAUCUCCAUGCUGGUGCCUCCCUGCACACACAGGCAUCCCUACUGGAAGGGUUGCUUUCUCUCCCACAGACCAGCAUCUUGCAGAGAGACCAUGUGGCUGUUUUGUCCCUGGUCAUUUCAGGCAGAUAAGUCACAGCAUCACCCAAGGUUCACCACAGCAUCACUCUGCAGGCUGAGGUGGCAUUAUGGGAAGCGGCGUGGUGCCUUCAACUCUGCUCAGUAAAUACAAGUGGUCAUGCCCAGGAGGAGCAUCCCUGUCAGUCUCUUAUAAGUAUAGAGACCUAACUAUACAGGAGACAACCAGUGUUAUUACUCAAUACAAGGACCUCAAACCUGUCAUGGAUUCAUAUGUUUUUAACGACGGUUCAUCUAGGGAGUUGAUGAGCCUCAGUGGAACCAUUCCUGUGCCUUACAGAGGUAACACAUACAAUAUCCCAAUUUGCCUGUGGCUGCUGGACACCUACCCUUUCAACCCCCCAAUUUGUUUUGUUAAACCCACCAGCUCUAUGACAAUAAAAACUGGGAAGCAUGUUGAUGCAAAUGGAAAGAUAUACCUUCCUUAUCUGCAUGAGUGGAAAUAUCCCCAGUCAGACUUGCUAGAGCUGAUUCAGGUCAUGAUUGUUGUGUUUGGAGAGGAACCUCCAGUCUUUUCUCGGCCCACUGCUUCGUCGAGCUACCCACCAUACCAGGCAACAGGCCCUCCAACCACUUCCUAUGUGCCAGGAAUUCCAGGUGGAAUAUCUCCCUAUCCAGCACCAAACACUCCAAACCCAAGUGGCUUCUCAAGCUAUCCUUAUCCAGGUGGUGUUCCAUUUCCAGCAACCACUAGUGUUCAGUACUACCCUUCUCCUCCUCCUGUGACCACUGUUGGACCCAGCAGAGAUGGAACCAUCAGUGAGGACACCAUUCGAGCCUCCCUUAUUUCGGCGGUCAGUGACAAACUGAGAUGGCGGAUGAAAGAAGAAAUGGAUCGUGCACAAGCUGAACUCAAUGCCUUGAAAAGGACAGAGGAGGACCUGAAGAAAGGGCACCAGAAACUGGAAGAGAUGGUAACACGCCUGGAUCAAGAAGUGGCUGAAGUUGACAAGAACAUUGAACUUCUCAAAAAGAAGGAUGAGGAGCUCAGUUCGGCCUUAGAGAAAAUGGAAAGUCAGUCAGAAAAUAAUGACAUAGAUGAAGUUAUUAUUCCUACAGCACCACUUUACAAGCAGAUCCUGAACUUAUAUGCAGAGGAAAAUGCAAUUGAAGACACCAUCUUCUACCUAGGGGAAGCACUGAGACGUGGAGUGAUAGAUUUGGAUGUCUUUUUAAAGCAUGUACGUCUUCUGUCUCGCAAGCAGUUCCAGCUGAGAGCACUAAUGCAGAAAGCAAGGAAGACUGCUGGACUCAGUGAUCUCUACUGAAUUCUCAGACUUUACCUGGGAAGUUAGAUUUCCUUAUGAAGCAGCCAUUUUCUUGAUAUUUCUCUUAAUCAGUAGGUGCCCAGAAUAAGUUAUUACAUCAUUCAAGUGUAAGAUAUUUUGAAUCAAUAAUAUAUUUUCUUUUUGGUAAAGACUAGCUUUUAUUAAUGCACUUUCUAUCUCCUGUAUUCUUUGUGCUGGUGGACUUAACGCUGAAUAAAACUUGUUGCAUAUUUUCUUCCUCUACAGAACUGUGUAUGAUGAGCUUUCUUUACAAGCAGGGCCUGGCUUAUGCAGUGGCAGCUUAACCAUACUUUCACUUUACUUCUGAGAUUGGGAAGACGUUUCAGUUGUCCCAAAAUGGACAAAUCCACGUUUAUUAUAACCACUGAAAACUGAACAAUCAGAAUUUCAAGGCCCUGUUGUUUGACACAGCUGUUGACAUCCAAGGAUACUUUUCUUAAAUGAGCUUAGUAACAGAUAAAUACUGACUCGCCUAUUCUACCAUCGGGUUCUGGCCCUAGUGGAGCACACCUUAUGUAUAUUGCAUUUUUCCACUUGAAAAUACUAAGCAGAAGGAAGGCUGCUGCUGCAUUUGGUGGUGUGCUCCCUGCCAAGCCAGGAACACACCAGAGUGCCACAGGAACUUGGGUUCUGGCUGCUUGAGCUGGGACAGCUCAGUGACAAAGCUGGUGGUUUAACAGAGCUCAGUGACAAGCCUGGUGCUCUAACGCUGCACUGCCUGCAUAAGAGGGUGCAUUGUACGAAGCACCUCCCAGCUUCGAGUGCUGUAGAGAUUCAUGGUGCUGCUCUUGCCUCCUCCCAGCAGCAUGCUGCACUCCUCCACUGCCUUUUGUAGCUGCCCCAGCAAAACUAGGUUGAACACUGAAGUUUCUUGGUCUCAGCACAGUAACCAGCCUUUGUCUUAAGGCUUUUCAUGUUACUGUUGGGUCUGAAGAGUUUGGAGUUUGUUUUAAAAAGCUGAAUGAGGCUUACAGUUUUUACAUUAAGUCCUGUGGAUCUUCUGAAAGCUUUGAAAGUGGCUUCAUACCAUCUUCCUGUCAUCUACAUAGCAAUAGUGACUGUAAGUAGUCAUGUUUAAGUGCUCUUUCUGGGUGCUAUUUUGGUCACUUGGGUGUUAGGGAAAGUGGUACAGUGCCUACAGCUUGAUUAAGUUGCUUCAUGAACACUUUCAGCUUAUUGUAAAAUAUUUUGCUUCAAGAAGUAGCACCAGCUGUAGUACAUAGUAAAAAUCUACUCUGGGCUGAAUGAGGUGAUCCAUUCUUAUCCUGUGCCAUGUCCUGCUGUUAGAAAAAGCUCAGAGUAAGGCCUUUCCCUCCUCCCUGUCAUGAGGUGUUUUGAAAUGUUACUGACCAGUAAGGUGAUUCAUUCUUCCUGCUCUAACUAUGGAGUUGUAGGAGUAACUUGGUCAUUGUUUCUAUCCAUGGCUGCUUUUCCAGAGGAGAUGCUUUGUUAUGCUUAAGCAGCAAGCUGACUUUUUAUGGAUGCCAAGUAUUUGAUGCAGAGAGGUUUUUUUUCCUUAUAAUGCAACAAAGUAAUGCAUGUUUCUCCACUCCCCUCGCAUCAUGGCAAUUGAGCCUGUUUCUGUGCAUCAAACUUGAUUUCCAUCUGAAGUUCUGAGUAUUUAAAUACUUCUAUUACUGUUUUUUCAUUCCUAUCUUGAGACUGUAAGAAAGUUCACUACAUAAAUAUCUGGAGCCUACAACAGACUAGCUGCCCAUAUUAUUAUACAGGUGCUGUUUUUGUUAGUGUGACUUGAGAAAUAAUAUUGUUUGACUUAGAUGAGUGCAAGCAGAGUUGUUUUGGAGACCAAACCCUAGAAAGAAAAACAAGGAGACAGAAAUAACAGUUUGUGGUUUAUUUUGUGUUGGAGCUGGUACUACAGUUGGACAGUCACUGUCUUGUUGCACAGAGAAACCAUAACAUUUUUUUUAAACAUGCUCAGGAGACAGAACUUACAACUAGACUGAUAUAGUACACAAAAAUAAGGUUCUCUAAAAAAAAGUAUCCACAAAAAUUCCAAAGCAGUGUUAGGAAAAUACACUUGGACCUAUCAACAGUGAAAUAUUUAAGCUAUUCAGCUGGCAGAGAAGGUUGGUCAAUUGGCUUGACAAUCCCUUAACUGCAAGAAAAUAGUCUUUGGUUUCACACUCUGUAGCAAUUAGUUAGUUAUUCUUCUGAGCCAACAUGAAACAAGAUGAGGAAAAGGCAAAGGGUUUUUUAGGCAGUGCUGCUUUGAAUGCUGGAUUUCUGUUGUACCACUUCACUGAACAAGACUGACUAGGUUAUCUAGCUCUGGCUAAGAACAUGGGUGUCUGUGAGCAGGGAAAACCGUAGAAUAGUUUCCUAAUAGUAUCUUCAGGAAACUCAUUUGUUCAGAUCUGAGCUUUUUGUGUGUUCUAGUCGAGAUACAUACAUUGGAAGAUUUGACUUACUUGAAAAGUGCAACGUAAGACAAACCACUAAACCCGUUAAACUGCAAAGAGCCAAAGAACUGCUUGGGCAGAAUUAAAACUGUAGUUCCUUCUGGAUUGCCCAGAGUGUAUCUGCACUCUUCCUUAAUUUGUCUUCUUCCUCAGGUUUUAGGAUCAUCUUUACUACAUCAGUGAUGCCAUUAUUGCCCAGUACGCAAGGAACACUUAGGAAGACAUCCUCUUUUAUUCCAUGUAAGCCCUGAAAAGUAGGUAAGGAUUAUUAGGCUAGAAUUUGUGCGUGUCUGCAUAUUUCACAGAAUAUCUUAGGAGGAAAACUCAACUAAAUUUAGCUGAAAUUAAACUAGAAAGUGAUCAGUGUUCUUCAGAAUUCCCAAGUUUUUUAGUUCUCAGUAAGACAGAAGUUAGCAAAAAGGGGCUUCUCACCUUAACAAUUGUAGAGAUCGGGUGCACUCUUCUCAAAUUCUUCAUAAUAGUUUCAGCUAGAUCUCCCACAGAAAGGCCAAUAGCCCAUGAUGUGUACCCCUUCAGUUUGAUCACCUCAUAGGCACUGCAGAGACAGAGACACUCAUUAAAAAACAAAUACUGUCAACUGAAGUGCUUAAAGCUUGUAAGAAGGGCUUUUGGAGGGGUCUUAAGCAACUUGGAGGCAUCAGAAGCUGCUUCACUGAUUUGUUGGCAGGACUGAAAUAAACUCAGCAGUGAGUAGUUCUGUUUGCAUUUUACACUACUCCCCCCAGUUAUACUGGAAGCCAAAGGACUUCCCUAAUUUAAAGUUUACUAAUCAUGAAAACUUAACUCUGCUAGAUCUACUUUAAUGCUUAAAAUACUUUCAAGUUCUAUUAUGUUUUUAUCCUGACAUUUGUUUUGGCCUACGCUGGUAUGUAUGAAACCACAUCUGGGUACAGCAGUUCAGAGAUGUUUUAGCUCUUUAUGAUUUGUUCUCAUGUUGCAGUAAAAAAAGUCAAAGCAGUAUUUACCUGUCCACGACCUGCUUAUGGACCUCCUUCCAGUGUUCCUUGUCUGCAUCAGUUCCCAAGUCUGGAUGAAGAGUCUUCAGGGAGACACCAGCAACAUUCACUCCACUCCAAACAGGUACUGAGAGUUGCACAUAGAUUAAUUAUCUCACAAGAAUAUUUAGUUUUGUCCUCUAACAGUUAACAUAAGAUCUAGCUGGAUUCAUCUGCAACAUAUCACUUCUGAUUUAGAUAUGACUUUAAAUAUAGUGUGACCUACAAGGCCAAUCUAAAUUGCAGGCUGAGAACCUAGGAGCAUAUAAACAUAUGGUGCCACAGCAUUAAAGCACCUGGGCAAGAUGAACUAAAAAUGACAGUAACUGUAUUUUGCAAAGCCUUCUCAAAGCAAGAAUUGAUUCCAAAUGCUUCCUCCCAAGUGCCAGGAAGCAGACAGUACUGCUUUGGUGCUGCUUGGAAAACUACAGGUUAAGCAAGGAUAAAGUUGCUCUUUCUCCUGUCCUCCAGACUUGCCUCUGCAUUUCAGUUCCUAUAUAUAGUGACUAACAGAUGCCAGUAAAGGCAACUGAGUGACUACCAGUAGGAGAGUCCCUUGCAGAGAACUUUAUCCUCUUGCUGCUUCAGUUUGGGUUUUUUGAGGAGUUACAGGAACAACUUAGCCUAGAAAUGUUUAGCCACCUCAGAUUACAGUAAUGACCUUUCCAAGCAGUCACACAGGUCAAAUAUAGAUCAUCUAGGGUUACUACUCUGUGCAGCAAAAGACUUAAACCAAGAGUUGCAUUUUUAAGGUGCUGCAGUGCAAAGGUUUUUGAGCAGUUUUGCUGUAGCUUUUCGAGGUGUUUCUUGCAAACAAAGUAUCAGAAAGUUUCGUGUAACAGCCAGUCAGAUUUCACCCUUACCACUGGAAUCUCCAUGCUCUCCAACAAUCCAUCCAUGGCAGCUUAGAGGAUGGAUGCCCAGCCUUUCUCCCAUGAGGUGGCGGAAACGGGCGGAGUCCAGGUUGCAGCCACUACCAAUAACACGAUGUUUAGGAAAGCCACUGAUCUUCCAGG